AUGCCUGCAAUCAUCGGGAUUGCAGCGGGAGGAGCCAUUGUGCUGCUGCUGGUAGCCAUUGCGAUCGGGCUCGCAGUGUGCAAGCCUCGCAAGACCGUGAUUCGCCACGUGCGCGCUGCACCGCCACCCCUGCCAGUUGUGUACAAAGGCGCACCUCCCCCCAUGAUUCCCUACCCGGGAGGCCCCCCACCCCCCCAGGGCAUGGGGGGAGCUGCUAUGGCGGGGGGAGCAGCCAUGGGCGCAAUGGCAGGGGGAAUGGGCGCAAUGGGGGGGAUGGGGGGCGGACAGAUGGGCGGAGGGGGGGAGAUGAUGGGGGGAGGAGCGCAGAUGGCAUCAGGUCCGAACGCCCCUCCUUGGUCUGCAGGAGCCAUGGGGGGAGCGGGGGCAGCGGGGGGGAUGGGCGCAAUGGGGGGAGGCGGGGGGAUGGGGUCAGGGCACAUGGGGGGAGGCGGGGGGAUGGGCUCAGGGCACAUGGGGGGAAGGGUGGCGGGGCAGGCAAGUCAGGGCAGCUCGGCCGGGUCUGUUGCGAAACAGGCGCUGCUUCAGGUGCGUUUUCAGGUGCUUCAGGUGCGUUUUCAGGUGCUUCAGGUGCGUUUUCAGGUGCUUCAGGUGCGUUUUCAGGUGCUUCAGGUGCGUUUUCAGGUGCUUCAGGUGCGUUUUCAGGUGCUUCAGGUGCGUUUUCAGGAGCUUCAGGUGCGUUUUCAGGUGCUUCAGGGGCUUCAGGCGAGUUUCAGGUGCUUCAAGUGCAUUUUCAGGUGCAGCACCAGCAGAGACGGGGCAUGCUACUUGCAGCUGGGUAGACAACAGGCGGAUUGGCAGCAGCAGCUUCAGAGACGUGUAUUCAGGGAUUACUCUUUAGCAGCAAUGGAGCAGGCUACUUGCAGUUGGGCCGAGAACGGGCGGAUCAGCAGCAGCAGCUUUGGGGGCGUGUAUCGGGGGUUCAACCCGUAUAAGGGCGUAUCCCUGGGUGGUGGCAGGGCAACUGUAUUCCGGGAGUACUCGCUACCAGAGAUGGAGCAGGCUACAUGUGGCUGGGCGGAGAACAGGCGGAUUGGCAGCGGCAGCUUUGGAGACGUGUAUCGGGGGUUCAACCCAUAUAACCCCGACGAGACUUGGGCAGUCAAGCGCUCGAGGAUCAUCACCCAAGACUUUCAGCGGGAGGUGAAGGAGAUGGCAUCGAAGCACCACCCAGUGAAGGAGAUGGCAUCGAAGCACCACCCGGCGUUGGUGCGACUGCUGGGAUACUGUAUUGACUUCAACCCCCGCACUCAGAACAUGGAGCAGAUUCUGGUGUACGAGUUUGUGGAUAACUGCGACCUCGAGAAGUGGCUGAGCCAAGACACACCGUGCCCACUGUCGGCAAAGGGGCGAGUGCAGGUGAUGACAGUACCUUCACAGCUUUCCUCAUGCCCCUUGAUGCAUGUAUACCUGUGUGCAUGUCGCUCCUCUGUCCCCUCAGACACACCUCGCCCGCUGACAGCAAAGGAGCGAGUGCAGGUGAUGACCGGCGUGGCGGAGGGGCUGCAGCCGCUGACAGCCAAGGAGCGAGUGCAGGUGAUGACCGGCGUGGCGGAGGGGCUGCAGUACCUUAUGGUGAUGUGUCUGCAGCCCUUAUGGCAUAGCCAGGUGAUCUCUUGCCUGCAGUACCUUAUGAUAUCCCUCUUCCUCUGUCUUCCCACGCAUCUCUUGCCCUCGUCCUGUCUCCCCACAGACACAGCCCGGCCGCUCACGGCAAAGGAGAGGGUGCAGGUGAUGAUAGGCGUGGCGGAGGGAUUGCAGUACCUGCACAGCUUUGGCAUCGUGCAUCGCGACAUCAAGCCCGCCAACAUCCUGCUUGACUCCAAGAUGAAUGCCAAGGUGGCUGAUUUCGGGCUGGCCAAGGUGGCUGAUUUCGGGCUGGUGCGGCUGGGAGAAGGCACGUCAGCUACAAUGGCGUCUACACGAGUGAUGGGCACACCGGGCUAUGUGGACCCUGCUUACUACAAGUCGCAGAAGGCCACCCCUGCCGCCGAUGUUCACAGCUUUGGCGUUGUCCUGCUAACAGUGAUCACGGCUCGCCGGGCGAUCUACGAAGUGGGGGACAAGCAGGUCAACAUCAAGGACUGGGUGCUCCGCUUGUCGACGCAGUCUCCUCCCCCAUUCCAACAGGUGCUCCGCUUGUCGACGCAGUCUCCUCCCCCAUUCCAACAGGUCGCUCCGCUCGCCGACGCGUGCAACGCGCAGGCCUUUCGGGACACGCGCCUGGAAGCAUCCCAUCCCAACUUCACACUCUUUCUCCUGUUGUCCCUCACCCUCUUCCAACAGCAGGUCGCUCCGCUCGUCGACGCGUGCAACGCGCCGGCCUUCCGGGAUCCGCGCCUGGAAGCGCCCGACGAUCUCGUGCUGCGCCGCUGCGCCGUUGCUCCACUCGCCGACGCCUGCAACGCCCCAGCUUUUAGAGACCCGCGCCUGGAAGCGCCCGACGAUCUCGUGCUGCGCCUCGCGCGCCUCGCCAUCGACUGCACCAAGGUGCCCGUCGCGUCGCGGCCGUCCAUGGCACGCGUUCUCGCGGAGCUCAUGGAUAUGAAGGAGGCGUUCUUCGGGCCGGAAACGGACAAGGUGGUUUCGAGUAUCGAUAGGGAGAUUGACGAUUCGAAUAGUCUGGGAAGCCUUACGAUGGAGUUGAAAAAGGCGGAGCAGCUUGGAGCAGGCAGCGGGAGCGGAGGAUUAUAA